AUGUCAUCUUUGAACAUACUUAUAAACGUAUGUUUUUCAUCGUAUGUUGGUUUAAUCGUUGUUAAUCGUCUAUUACAUAUUAUCAAUCCCAUACGACCAGAUCGUAUAUCAGAAUUAAUAAAAGUAUAUUUUGGUAUUUUACAAAAGUGGUAUCAACAACAACAACAACAAUCAUCACAACAAUAUGAACGUUUACUAGAAUUGUCUGAUAUAGAAUUAAUCAAUAAUGUAAUGAUAUUAAAUAAAAAUGAAGAUAUAAUAAUUAUAUGGUUUGAUGAUAAUAUAGAUCAAGAAAUGAAACAACAUUUAACAGAAUUACAUGAUCAUAUAAUAGUAUCUUACACUAAAGAUGAAUUAAUCCAUUCAAUUGAUCAAAUACAAAAUUAUAAAAUAAUUUUAAUUGUAUCUGGACAAUACUCACGUGAUACAUUACAAUUAUUACAUAAUAAUACUAAAAUUGAUUCAUUUUAUAUUUUUUGUAUAAAUAAACAAUUGUAUGAAGAUUUGAUUCUACAAUAUUCAAAAUUAAUUGGUAUUUAUACCGAAUAUGAACAAUUAUUAGAAAUACUAAAACAACAAAUCUAUUUAUUAUUAAAACAUUUAUCCAUUUUUAGUUUAUUUAAUAUGCAAAAUAAAUCUGUACGUAAUUUAGAAACAGAAUCCAUACCAUAUUUAUGGUAUCAAUUACUUCGUGAUACAUUAUUAAAUACUGAUAUACAUGAAUCAAAACAAGAAAUGUUAGAUUAUUGUCGUACAUACUAUCGUGAUGAUAAUAUAAUGCUAAAACAAAUAAAUGAAUUUGAAAAUACAUUUCAAUCAUCAGUCGAUAUUUGUAGAUAUUCAUCAAACAGAGAAUUGAAAGAAGCAUUAACAGAAGAAUUAGAAGAACCAUCGUAUGAAGUCAUUCAAUGGUAUACAAAAAAUUCAUUUCCAUUUAAAUUUGUUAAUCAAGCAUUAAGAACAGAAGAUAUUGAUGCUCUCUAUAAAUUACGUUAUUUUAUUAUUGAUUUAUGUUUAACUUUAAAAUCAAUUAAUAAUAAAUAUAUUGAUUUUUAUCAAGAUCAGUUUGAAUCAUCAUUGGUGGUUUAUCGUGGUCUAACAUUAUCUAAUAAUGAUAUAAAUGAAUUAAAACAAUCUAUUGGAAAAUAUGUAUCUACAAAUGGAUUUUUAUCAACAAGUUUAUCACGUGAAGUAGGAGAAAAAUUUUCAUCCAAUAUUUUAUUUGAAAUUACAAUUGAUACAAGAUUACAAAAAAAUUUAAUUUAUGCUUAUAUAGCACAAUGGAGUAAAAUACCAAGUGAAGAUGAAGUUUUAUUUGAUCUUGGCGCCACAUUUAGAGUUAUUGAUAUUGAACAUGAUACUGAAGAAAACCUACGGAAUGUUCAAAUAGUUGUUUCAAAUGACACAGCACAACAUCAGAGUGAAUAUAUUCCAUAUAAGGGUUAUCUGUCUUGGAGGUCCAGUUUCAAGUGA